AAAAGACGGCCGAUAGAAGCAGAAACUUUCAGUGAGCCCUCAGCCCCCACCGGACACGGCCAGUUAACGAGAGAAAGGAGGUGGUGCUCCACCAGUAAAGCCAUCGUCUUGCCGAUAAGCAACAAAUGGCCGGACAAUUAGAACGAGAAUGGACUGAGCUUGACAAGUUUCCUUAUGCCAGUCGAGAAAAAGUGUUCGAAAUGUUUGCAAAAUUAAGGAAACAGAAUGCCUACACAGUAACAAUCCUGGUGAUGGGGAAAGGUGGUGUCGGUAAGUCUUCCACCAUAAAUUCCAUUAUAGGGGAACGAGUGGUCCCUGCUGGUGCUUUUAUGUCGGAAACCCCACGUCCCGUGCUUGUCUCACGGUCACGAUUAAGAUUAGGUAUUAUAUUGAACAUUAUCGACACUCCAGGGCUUGUUGAUGGAGGAUACAUCAACGAACAGGUGCUGGAUGCCACAAAAAGGGUCCUCAAGGGAAAAACUAUAGAUGUUUUGCUUUACGUGGACCGUUUGGAUUCGUACAGAGUUGAUGAUUUGGACAAACAGGUCGUGAAAGCCAUUACCGAUAGUUUUGGCAAAGAAAUAUGGCACAAAGCAGUGGUUGUACUCACUCACGCUCAGUUCUCGCCUCCGGAUGCUUUGGGUUUUGAGGAGUUCUUUUACAAUAGAUCAGAGUCCGUUUUGAAAUGUGUAUGCGAAGGAGCUCGGAUGAGCAAAAAAGAUGUUCACGAAUUUUCUAUUCCUGUUGCUUUGGUUGAAAACAGUUGGAGGUGUAAGAAGAAUGAACAGGAUGAAAAGGUCCUUCCAAAUGGCACUCCUUGGAUUCCCAAUAUACUAAGUACCAUCACCGAUAUCGCCUUAAAUGGAAAAAGGGGUAUUCUCAUUGACCAAAAGUUGAUUGACGGUCCAAAUGCUAAUGACAGAGGAAGAGUAUUCAUCCCUUUAAUCCUUGCAUUCCAAUACUUCUUUGUCAUCAACCCAAUCCGUAGGCAGAUAAAAAACGAUGUUGCCAGAUAAACACGUCAUUAUGGGCGCGAACAAUCAUUAACUUCCAGUUGAUGAUCCUUUGUUUGUUUUCCUAUGCUACUUUUGUCUUAUUUUUUCAAUUGCUCAUCACCUUCUUGCUUGUCGACUUCUUUAUUUUGAUCUGUUAGUUAAAGAACAUUGGUGAUCUUUUUAGUGGGUCGAUUUAGAGUCGAAUUGAAUUGGCACUAGCUAUGGAGCAAUCUUGCAUUUUAAUUUGGGGAAAUGUUUAUUAGGUCCAUGUAAUGGUAAUUUAUGUUUAGUGUUCGAUCUUAACAUGUGAACAAGAUUUUCCUGUUGUCAGAACUUAGAACUAUGCUAGACGUCUAGCUCGAUGGCAGAAAAAUUCAAUGAUAUUAAUUUUGUAAAUGUCCUGUGAUCUAUGAAUUUCCUAGAACUUGUUAAUUUUUUAUUGGGAAAUAGAGUGAAUUGUG